GCACACUGCACGGGAAAUGAACGAAAUAGUGCAUUUCACAGAUUUCAUCAACCACCAAACCACAAACACACAAACCACAGAACCACACCACCCACGCUCCCACCCACCUCACCUCAACCAUGCCAAGGAACUGGAACGAGUUUCGCUCUGCGCACAAGGGCCAAGGCCUGAGCGCGGCGCAGAUGUCCUCAAUGUACCAGGCGCAAAAGGCGUCAGCCCCACCGCCCGCGAGCUACUCCGCGCCCAGCUUCUCGUAUGGUGCGCCAUCCACUCCUUCCAGUGGCAACGCGUGGAACGCGUUUCGGUCUGCGCACAAGGGCCAUCACCUCAGCCCGGCACAGAUGUCCUCAAUGUACCAGGCGGAGAAGGCGGCAUCCUCCUCAUCCUCGGUGCCAGCGAGCGGCUCGUACAAAGCGCCAUCCACUCCGUCAACUCCGUCCACUUCAUCCACCCCCUCCAGUGGCAACGCAUGGCACGAGUUUCGCGCGGCGCACAAGGGCCAUCACCUCAGCCCGGCACAGAUGUCCUCAAUGUACCAGGCGGAGAAGGCGGCAUCCUCGAGCGCGGCUCGUUUGCAGCAAUCCACCACCUCCCCGGCUUCCAGCAGCACGCCUACCAAGAACCCCUGGCACAGAUUCCUUGCCGCCCACAAGGGCGACGGACACAGUGUAACCGAGCUGUCCGUGAUGUAUCGCAAGGAAAGGGCACAGGAGCAGGCAGCAUCGUCAACGGGGCUGUCGGCGGCAGUUGCGGGCCUCAAGCCACCCUCCUCGAAACCUCGCAAGGUCAACUCGUGGAACGAGUUCCAGAAGGAGAUGAAGGGCAGUGACAUGCCCCUGCCAGAUCGGCUGGCCCUCUACCACGCACUCAAGCGAGCACAGCGCGGGGAGCGCGACGAAGACCUGCGGCCCAGGACUCCACCGCAGUUCGACACCUGCGACCAGUGGGCCGACGAGUAUCAACGCCAAACCCUGGAGCGUCAGCAGUUUGCCCAGGAGAUGGAAGACUCCACCUUGUCUGCGGACGACCUUGAGCACCAAGCAGGGCAAGCGCAGAUCCCUGCUGACCGCGUGACAUUGCGGGACAAGCCGAUUGGUACGGGCGCGUUUGGUGAAGUGUAUGCCGGCACGUACGACAGCACGCCCGUCGCAGUGAAGGUGUUGUCUGUGGAAGGCAAGACGCGAAAGAAGGCUUUUGUUCGCGAGUUUGCCACGCUGAACAGGCUCAAGCACCCCAACAUCAUCGGCGUGUUUGGCUAUGUGGAACGCGACCGCAGCCGCAUGGGCAUCGUCAUGGAGUUCAUGUCCGGUGGCAGCCUGUGGGACCAGCUGCACGGCGUCGAGGAUGGGGAGAGCCUGACGGUGCAGCACAAGAACGUGGCAACCAUGCAGAUGAUCUCCGCCAUCGCAUUCCUGCACGGCAACGACAUUGCUCAUCGCGACCUCAAGUCCCGAAACUUCCUCGUGCAGCGCUUCAACAAGGACCCGCAGUCAGUUUCCGUGAAGCUGUGCGACUUUGGGUUUGUCCAGCUCAAGAAUCAAGUCCACUCCACAACAACGUCCGUGCAGGGCGGUGCAAUCUUCGUGGGAACCCCGAGCAACGCUGCGCCGGAGGUGUUUGCUGAGGAGGUGACCGACGACGACCUGGCGGCCUGGUGCGCGUGCGACAUCUACUCCUUUUCCGUUGUGCUCUGGGAGCUGUAUGAGGAGGAGGAGCCCUACUUUGGCAAGUCGGCCGUCACCAUCAAGAAGUACGUCUUGGGCGGGCAGCGGCUGCCUUUCGAGGAUACCCCGGAGGAGCUACGUGCGUGCAUUCGCGAGUUCUGGCAGCAAGACCCUCACCAGCGCCCAACAGCAGCUGACGCCAAGCGCCAGCUCUCAGCCUUUUGCGGUUGA